CCCCCCAACCCCCGCCGCCGCCGCCCGCUCGGUGCCGCCCGGUCCCGCCAUGGAGUCCAGCGGGGCCCAGAACUGCCCCGGCACCUGCCUGGCCUUCAGCCGCACCCGCAAGGGGCUGGUGCUCAUCGGCGAGAUCGUGCUGUGCCUGCUGACCCUGGUGUGCUUCGGGGCGUCGCGCUCGGGCUACGCGGGGCUGGCGGCCGUGCAGAUGGUGUUCGCUGCCCUGGUGCUGCUGGCCUGGAGCUGCCGCCUGCCGCCCCGGCUGACCGGGCUGCACUGGGGCUGGACCGACUUCAUGCGCUGCCUCAUCGGGGCUCUGCUCUUCCUCAUCUGCUCCCUCAUCGUCAUCGUGGGCCACCGCGACGGCGCCGGCAUCGCGGGAGGGGUGUUCGGGAUCCUGGCCGGGGUCCUGCUGGGCUAUGACGCCUACAUCACCCUCCCCAUGCGGCAGGGCCACAGCGCCGCCCCCACUGAGUCCCCAGACGGUGCCUGAACAAGCCAAGAACCCCAAUGGAGACCUCCCCCCCCCGGCACAGGGGGACCCCCAGCCUUAAAUUAAUUAUUGAGGGGUCCCGACGCCUGGGUCCCCCCCGGGGAGGGGGGCAGGGUAGAUCUGGGGGUCCCACAGGAGCUGCCCCUCCCUCAAACGCCUUCGCAAGUGCCUUGAACCGCCCGUGCCUCAGUUUCCCCGCGGGGAGACCCCCUCAGGUUUAAAGGCGCCCUUGGCCCCUCACGGGUUUUGGGGUGCUCGCCUCAGUUUUUGGGGUGCCUCCGUUAGUUUUUGGGGUGUUCCCCUCCCCACACUCUCCCAGCCUGCGGGAGGCUUUUGGGGGCAAUAUAUUGAGAAAUAAAGGGGUUUUAUUACUGCA